CUAAAGAUCUUAUUCGCACCACAAUUGGUCAGACAAGACUGCUCAUAGCAGAAAGGUUUAAACAGUUUGAAGGGCUGGUGGAUAACUGUGAAUUUAAACGGGGUGAAAAAGAAACGACGUGUACAGACUUGGAUGGAUUUUGGGACAUGGUUAAUUUUCAGAUAGACGAUGUGAAUAAAAAAUUUGAUAAUCUGAAGAAACUUCAAGACAAUGAGUGGCAACCACUUGAUGUCCCGAGCAAAGCAAUUGUCAAGAAAAAGACUAUUCCAAAUGGAGUGUCUAAACCAAAGCUGGGAGCAGCUGGCAGAACUGCUGCCCGAAACCGGCUUGCUGCUAUAAAAGCAGCUAUGAGGGAUAAAAUGAACCAUGAGGGAGCUGCGGAUUGUACACAUCGGGGGAAGCUACCAGAGGAGGAAAAAGUGGUUUUUGAAGCGGGAUUUUUCAGAAUUGAAAGCCCUGUGAAAACCUUUCCAGGCUUGCUUUCAAAGGCACCUCGCAGAUCUUCCCAGCAGACUUCUGAAAAACUGGCAACUCCAAGAUCAUCCAGUAGAGCUUUGCUUCAGAGCAUUCCUUCUGUUCUUUGUAACCCUGAGGAUACAACUGCAAAACAAACACCACCAGUGCUCAAAGGCUUCCACCCAGCACAAAAUUUGAAAAUGCACCAAUUUCCCACUGGAAAAACUCCCCCACUGGAAAAACUCCCUGGUGGUUUUCUUGAACAAAGCGUUUCCAUAGUUGCAGAAGAACACAGUCCUAUUGCUGGCAUAGCAGAGGGAACUAAGGUGCUGGAAAAUUCUAGCAGUGAAUUAAAAGUAACGGAUGGCAUGGAAGAGAUGGAACUAUCUGCUACGGAGCAACAAGGACAAGAUAUUGUCAUGUGCAGUCCGGAGAAGGAGACCUGCACAGAGACUAACUUUGCUCAGUCCAGAGAACCAAAAAUACAUCAAACAGGUGUUUCAUGUAGUGAUUUGACAUCCAUUGGAAGAAAUCCUUUUGAUAUGCCGAUGAUGGAUGCUGAGCUUCCCUUCACUCCAGUCAAGAGCAAAGCCCAGAAGUUUGCAGCAGCUGAAGCAUUCAGUGACCUCAUUGUAUUUUCUCCCCUUUCUCCCUCUGGGGAAAAAUGA